UGGUUUGCGCCAAUUUCGUUUGACACUGCAGUCGCUCACUAGCAGGUGCGUUGUGCGCGCGUGCGACCGCAAUCUUUCAAUAACAGCUGAUUUGACGCGAACAAGAUCGCAAAUCAGCGAUAAAAAUAUUUAAAUUAAUAUUAUUACAUGAUAUAUUGACUGUUCGAUAGUGUUGUGUUUGACAGAUGAAAAUGACUGUAAAUCGAAUAAGGGUCGUGGUGCUUGGGAGCGCUAGAAGUGGGAAAUCUGCUGUUGUGGUGCGAUACCUAACAAAGCGAUACAUUGGGGAAUAUAGUUCAACUGGCGAUUUUCUGUAUCAACAUCGGGCGACGUUUGACGGUGUUUCAUCAGAAGUCGAAGUUUUGGAUACGUGUGGAUGUGCUAAAAGGGGAUGUCUAGCUGAGCACCUAAGAUGGGGCGACGCAUUUGCGGUCGUGUAUUCAGUUUGUGACCGACGAUCAUUUUUGGCUGCAUCUGAAUUAUUGGCACUAUUGGAACGCACAAGACUGCCAGGAUGUACCGCAGUUACUCUUCUGGGAAAUAAGAGGGAUUUGGAACAUGCAAGGGCUGUCAAAACUGAAGAAGGCCAGGAGUUAUCUCUUCGUUUCCGAUGCCAGUUUUACGAAGUGUCUGCAGCCGAAUCGUCAGCUGGUGCGGCCCUCGCCUUCCAAGCUUUACUUCGUGAGGCACGUUCAAUCGCCUUAUUGCUACCAACCCCAAGACGAAAACUUGCUGCCUAUUCUGUUUCUAAGGUAAUCGGCACAAUUCUGGGGCUCAGCAACAAGAGUGUGAGAAAGAAACGUCCGUCACUUAGUAUAUGAUCUAGCUGUACAAAAGGCUGGUUUUUGUUUACUCCAAGAAGGAGUUUUUUGCUCUGUGGGCUAAAAGCCUAGAGUUCUUUCAGAUAAAGCUUUGAUAUCCGGCCGAGGCGGAUGAAGAAAGAUGGAAAGUGUUAAUUGAUGCAGGGUUUAUUGAUAAUGUUCGAAAUUCGAAUUUUGUUCUACAAAAAUUGUGGAUGUUAAUUGUUAAGUAAUAACUAUCAUUAAUGUUCUUAGAGAUGUGUUUAAACUUUUAUUUGUAGGUUAUAUUAUUUUUUGCAAUAACCGCCGAUUUCCCGAAUAUAAAAAUAUUUAUCUCUUAUACUUUGUAGAUUUCUUGUGCAGUAUAAACACAAAUAGAUACUAAGAUUUUUAAAAGAUAAUUUUGUUUUAUAUAAAUAUAGCAUUACCCACCUUUGUAUAAAUAAGACUGCUUAAAUGAUUAGAAGUGGACCAUUUGGAUAUAUUAUGCCUCUAAAUAUACGUAUACCUUUUGUACUGUACCUAUAUCUAUUUAAUAAAACAUGUUUGUUG